AGCGACUCGCGGCGUGCGCGCUCUCGGCGCCGUUGCGGUAGUUGGUUUUUUCGCGCUUGUUUUCCCCCCCCCCCGAUUCUUCUUUAAACCUUCCCGCAGCGGCGGCGGUUUGGUUGAAGAAGAAUGUUCCGCAAGGCACGGCGCGUGAAUGUGCGGAAGCGGAACGAGUCCGAGGACGACGACGAAGAGCGAGAUGAAGCGUUGCCGUCUCAGCCGCCGCCGCCGCCGCCAGGAGGUGAUGGGCCUGCGGCAGAGCCUGAACUGCCAGCCCUUAAGCCACCGCUACUGCCUCUUCCGACCGGCUGCGUCCCUCUGGUCUCCUCCUCCUCUGCCCCGUCCUCCGGCGGAGGCUUCGCUUUUAGCAGUCCUGAGGUGGUGGGCCGGGGAGGCCCCAAUUUGCCGGCCCCGGAAUUGCAGCCGCCUCAACUCCCGAUGGCGCUUGUCCCGCUGCCGCCGCCUUCGCAGCAGCUGCCAUUGGGAAACAACGGGCUGUCUGCUGUUUCUAAGCCGAAGGAGCGGAAAAAGGGCAAAGAGUGGGGAGCCGCUCCUGGGGUGCCCCGUGGAAGCCGCAGCCUGCUCAGCUUCCAGGACGAGGAAGAGGAAACCGAAGUUUUUAAAGUGAAGAAAUCAAGUUACAGCAAAAAAAUAGUAAAGCUGCUUAAGAAAGAAUACAAAGAAGAUCUUGAAAAGUCAAAGACAAAACCAGAAACAAAUGCUUCAGCAGAUGAUGAACAAACUGCAGACAAAGUAGGACUUUUUAAAGAUAUAGUUCAGGAAGAUGGGGCUACAAAUAGUGAACAAGGAGAAGAAGAAAUGGAAGUUGAAAGUGAGAAGGAAGAAGAAAAAAACAAAGCUGCAGGAGCAUUUUCCAGUGCUUUGUCAUCUCUAAAUGUUCUUCGUCCAGGAGAAAUUCCAGAUGCUGCUUUUAUUCAUGCUGCUAGGAAAAAGCGCCAAAUGGCUCGUGAACAUGGAGACUUUCUUCCCCUUGACAAUGAUCCUGGUAAAGGGCGUCUUGUGAGAGAAGAUGAAAAUGAUGCCAGUGAUGAUGAGGAUGAUGAUGAGAAGCGAAGAAUCGUUUUUUCAGUGAAAGAGAAGUCCCAGAGGCAAAAGAUUGCAGAGGAAAUAGGUAUUGAGGGAAGUGAUGAUGAAGCUCUGAUUGCUGGAGAACAGGAUGAAGAAUUAAGCCGGUGGGAGCAAGAACAGAUACGGAAAGGCAUUAAUAUACCUCAGGUUCAAGCAAGUCAGCCUGCUGAUGUGAAUAACCUCUACUACCAGAAUGCUUACCAGACAAUGCCUUACGGUUCAUCUUAUGGCAUGCCUUACACAUAUGCUGCAUAUGGAUCAGAGACAAAGUCUCAAAAAACAGAUAACAUAAUACCUUUCAAAACCCCCAAUAAUGAGAUGGCUCCUGUUACUAUUGAUUUGGUAAAGAAACAGCUUAAAGACAGGUUGGAGUCACUGAAAGAAUUUCACAAAGCGAAUCAACAACAACACGAGAGGCAUCAGCAAAACCGUGAUGAUUCUACCAAGACAAUUGAAAGAUUAGAAGGGUCUUCUGGGGGUAUUGGUGAACGGUAUAAAUUUCUGCAAGAAAUGCGAGGGUAUGUCCAAGACUUGCUUGAGUGUUUCAGUGAAAAGGUGCUCCUGAUUAACGAACUUGAAACAGCAAUGCACCAGCUGUACAAACAGCGCGCCUCCCGCCUUGUCCAAAGACGACAAGAUGAUAUUAAAGAUGAAUCUUCGGAGUUUUCAAGCCAUUCAAAUAAAGCACUGAUGGCACCAAACCUUGAUUCUUUCGGGCGAGAUAGAACCCUCUACCAAGAACAUGUAAAAAGACGGACUGCAGAAAGGGAAGCUAGAAGAGCUCGUCGUAGACUUGCCAGAGAGCAGUCUGGGAAAAUGGCUGAUCACCUUGAGGGUCUUUCUAGUGAUGAUGAAGAAACCUCAACAGACACAACAAACUUCAACAUGGAACGAGAUCGUAUUUUGAAGGAGUCCAGCAAAGUUUUUGAGGAUGUAUUAGAAAACUUUUCCUCCAUUGACUAUAUUAAGUCACAAUUUGAAGCCUGGCGUUUUAAGUAUUUGUCUUCAUAUAAGGAUGCUUAUAUUGGCCUUUGCUUACCCAAGCUGUUAAAUCCUUUAAUAAGACUUCAGUUACUUACCUGGAAUCCUUUGGAGGACAAAUGUCAAGAUUUUGAAAGUAUGCUAUGGUUUGAAUCCCUGCUAUUUUAUGGAUGUGAAGAAUAUGAUCAGGAGAAAGAUGAUGCUGAUGUUUCACUGUUGCCUACUAUUGUUGAAAGAGUGGUUUUACCAAAAUUAACAGUGCUGGCUGAAAAUGUAUGGGACCCCUUCUCUACAACCCAAACAUCCAGGAUGAUUGCUAUUACCCAGAAACUAAUUAAUGGAUAUCCUACAGUAGUACAUGCAGAAAACAAAAAUACACAGACAUUACUCAAAGCCCUCUUACUUAGAAUGAGGCGAACACUAGAUGAUGAUGUGUUCAUGCCACUUUAUCCCAAAAGUGUUUUAGAGAACAAGAACUCUGGUCCUUACUUGUUUUUCCAACGCCAGUUUUGGUCUUCAGUUAAGCUAUUGGGAAACUUUCUGCAGUGGUAUGGAAUAUUCUCCAACAAAACAUUACAAGAAUUAUCAAUAGAUGGUUUGCUAAAUAGAUACAUUCUUAUGGCUUUCCAGAAUUCUGAGUAUGGGGAUGAUAGCAUUAAAAAAGCUCAAAAUGUAAUUAACUGCUUCCCUAAACAAUGGUUCACUAAUCUUAAAGGAAAUAAGACAGUAUCUCAUCUAGAAAAUCUCUGUAGAUAUCUUGUUCACCUUGCUGAUACAAUAUACAGAAAUAGCAUUGGAAGCUCUGAUGUAGAGAAAAGAAAUUCAAGGGAACAUAUAAAACAGAUAAUAAAACUUCUAUCAAGUAUUCGAGCACUGGACCAUGCUUUUACAGUAGCAAAUGAUCAUAAUGUGAAAGAGUUAAAGAACUUAAGUGAUGGGAAAUAAAAUUGUGUCAAUUAAUUCUAUAAUAUAAAAUCAUUCCUGAAUUGUAAUUUUGUACAUAUGUAAAGUUUUCUUAAAUUGUAAAAGAUUGUUUUUAAGACAAAGUGCAUUCUUAAAUACAUCAUAUGUAAUAGUGUUGAUGAAAAGUGAAAGCCAAGAUUUUUCACAUGCAUUUUGUUUACAAAAACUUUUAUAUCCCAUGAUGGCCAUCUAUUCAAUUAAUUUCAGAGUAGGAAAGAAAUUCUGUAUGAUAAAAUGAAUAGAUGAUUUCAGAUAUUUAUACCUCCAUGGUUACGUGUUUGAAAUGAUACCUUUUGAAGUAACUUUGUUGGCUGGAAUUGGUCACAACUACAUAAUGUGUAUGCCUUGUGAGAGUGAACAAGCUUCCCAAAUAAUACUUUGUUGUUAAAAAUACACAUUGAUCAUAAAGUAAUAUUCUUAAAUUUUAGGAAAAAAACAAUCCUGCAGUCAUAGUUUUAGUUACCCAAUAAAUUAUAUUUCAGGUGAAAUUAUUUGUGCCAUGUAAGUUAGAUUCUUAUUUUAAGAGCAACACUCCUAAAUUGCAUUUUUUUCCCUAAUUCGUUGGAAUGUAUUUUCUCAUAGCAUACGGUAAUUUAAAAUCCCACAAUGUCCAUAGGAUUUUAUAUCCUGUGAUCAUUCACUAAAUUUUCCAAAAUUACUUGGAUUGUUUAAGAUUAACCUUUUGGUUGUCAUGGCUUGCUCCUAAAUUUAGUUUGAAUUGAAAAGAAUGUUGUCAGUGUAGAUAUCCUUGAUCUUACCUUGAUAUGUAGUCCUUUGUAUCUGAAAAAAGAAAUGGACUACCAAACCAUCGUACUUUAUCAUGGUCUUGUGUGAUGGAAAGAAAAUAUUAAAUGUACAGUUUGCCUUUUGGACACUAAAUAAUUUCUGAAUUCCUUGCCAUGAUUAUUUUCAAUUGUAUCCCAGAAUUGUGUUAAGCCUUUAGACUUAUAUAGUAACACCAAGAAUAUCUCCAUAUUGGCAGCAGACAUCAGUAGAAUGUGGGUAAUUUGCAAUUAUUUUCUUCUCUUUUUCAGAGAGGAAAAGUAAGGAAGAAGUCUGUUUCCAUAUUUUUAUGUGACUAAAUAGAAUCAAUAUUCUUGGAAGUAUGAAAAUACAAUCUAUAUUGAUAAAUUCUUGGCAUUAUUUGUUGGGUUAUCAUACGUAUUAGCAAUAUCUCUUUACUAAGCGUAGAGCAUUGAAUGGGAAGGACAACUUUUAGCAAUUAAUUUUCUUUGCCAGCAAUGUCUCCGUUAUUCAGCAGCAGAAUUUUGCCACUGGCAGGAAAACAUAAGGGCUGAUAUAUGAUAUUUCUGUCCCAUUUCCAUUGUACAGUGCUAUCAGAAGUCAUAU